AUGGAUAAGCUUUUUGUUCUAAGUGUUUUGAGUGUCACUCUUCUUGUAUUCGUUUCUAGGGUUGCCAAUUGUGAUACCAUAUCAUCUUGUUCCCAAACACCAUACCCUCAAGUAUGUGAUUCAUUUAUUAGCUCUAAUCCUCUAUUAACCUCAAAAGGGUUUCGUGAUGUAGCCCUAAUAGUCACUUUGAACCAAUCUCAACUAGCUCAUACUCUCAUUUCAGCUAUGGAUUUGAGCUCCUUCGACGAACAGGCAAAGGCGGCAUGGACCGAUUGCGCAGAGCACUACGACGACACGGUUAGCCAGCUUAAUCGUGCUUUAUUGGCUAACAAUUGGGAAGAUGCUCAAACAUGGCUUAGUGCAGCAGUUGUCAAUCCAGAGACAUGCCAAAAUGGGUUCAUGGAGCUUAACUCAGCUUCAUAUAUGUCUUCCUUACCUUCCAUGUUAAGUAACUUCUCAAAGUUGCUUAGUAACUCUCUUGCUAUAAACAACCAGGCAGCUUCAGCUUCAGCUUCACCUUCUGGUGGUGGUGGAAGAAGAUUGCUUUCUGAUGGGUUCCCUUCAUGGGUUUCUGCUGGUGAUAGAAAGCUUCUUCAGUCAUCAACAGCAGCUUCACAAGCUAAUAUAGUGGUGGCUGCUGAUGGGUCUGGUAAUUAUAAGACAAUCUCAGAAGCUUUGACUGCUUCAUCAAAGUUAAGGAGUGGGAGUUCAAGAUUUGUUAUAUAUGUGAAAGGGGGUACUUAUAAUGAGAAUGUUCAGAUUACAGAGUCAAAUAUAAUGUCAAUAGGAGAUGGGAUUGGUGCCACCAUCGUUACUGGCAGUAAGAAUGUCAUAGAUGGUUCCACCACUUUCAGCUCCGCCACUGUUGCUGCCGUCGGCGGUGGCUUCAUCGCCGAGGGCAUGACCUUCCAAAACACUGCCGGACCUCAGAAACAACAAGCAGUUGCAUUCCGUUCAAGCUCAGAUCAAUCUAUAUACUAUCAAUGCAGCUUCGAAGGUUACCAAGACACCUUAUAUGUCUACUCUCAACGUCAAUUCUACCGAAACUGCGACAUCUAUGGCACCGUAGACUUCAUUUUCGGUGAUGCCGUGGUUGUGCUCCAGAACUGCAACAUCUAUGUUAGAAAACCGAUGAGUGGCCAGGAGAACACAGUGACAGCUCAAGGCCGGACUGAUCCGAACGAGAACACCGGAAUAUCGAUCCACGAUUGCCAAAUUACGGCCGCUUCGGACUUAAAAUCAGUUCAGAGUUCAGUUAAAACUUACUUGGGCAGGCCAUGGAAGCAGUACUCAAGGACUGUAGUCAUGAAGACUUAUCUUGAUGGUUUGAUUGAUCCGGCGGGGUGGCUUCAAUGGAGUGGAAGUUUUGCUCUAAGCACUCUUUAUUAUGGAGAGUACAUGAAUACUGGUGCGGGUUCAAGCACAAGCAAUAGAGUGAACUGGAAGGGUUAUCAUAUCAUGAGCACCUCUGAUGCCCAGGGGUUCACUGUUGCAAAUUUCUUGGGUGGUGGUUCUUGGAUUUCAGCUGCCGGAGUUCCAUACACUUCAGGCCUAUAAGUCUAG